AUGUAUGGUCUUUCGUGGAAGUGGGCAAUCGCACAGUUCCAACGAGCACAGGGCCAUGUCCUGCGGUGGAUCACAGGUUGUUUCAAAUCCGCACCUAUUGGCGCUAUGGAAACACUUGCGGGCCUAUUUCCUAUACGUGUCAACAUUGAUCGCUACAUGGAAAAGUCAAGCUUACGAGUGCGGACGCUCCACGAAAGCCAUGCUAACCGGCGGAAGAGCAAGUUCUCUCGCCCCACUCCUGCGACCUAUAUCGACAGGAUAGGGCGGCUUUCAUCGGAGGAAUUUCCCCCCCUUCAUCCUAUGGCCGAACCGGGUAAGCGGUUAGUGGACCGUUUUGCUGACCGGCUCGCCGAACACUUCCUAACGCCGAAUUCACAUCCACCAAAGGCGUCCACUGAGUUCAAACGAUGGUCCCAAGAGACGUGGUCGCCCCUCUUCCAUAAGGGGCGUCCCCGGGGUAUGCAUGCCGCUUUGGAGUGCAUCCCGGAUGACUGUACACACCUCGUCCUGUGUGCGGACAAUGCAGGAGCGCUGUCUAAGAUUCCUAACUGUGAGAUGGGUCCAAACCAGCUGGUAUCUAUUUUGGCCGCCGCGUCAGUCAUCCGGUUCCUCGAGAAGAGCGAUCGACGCCACGUUAUCUUGCUGUGGGCGCUAUCUCAUAAGGACGUAGCACCCAACGAGUUCGUCGACGACCUGGCGAAGGCUGCUCUUGAGGAGGAGCAGCCGGAUUUCGUGUCCCAGGCGCGCGGGGUGGUUGACACCUUAGUGCGAGCAAAGCGGAAGUGGGCGAAGCUCUAUUCCGAAGUCCCAUAG